UUUUUUCAGGAAUGCCUCGAUUACGAGCUUUGUGGACUGAAGUAAGCCUUCAGCAAGCCUUACAAGCUAUUCAAGAUGGCAUGCCCGUACUGCAAGCAUCGAGAGAAUACAGAAUCCCUCGCCGGACUCUACGAAACCAUCUUGCAACUGGAAGUAAAAAGAAAAAGAACGCGAAUUGUGUCAACGAAUUUUUAGGUUGGCAGAAGUUGGAAUGCCACUCACUCAAAGGAUUCUUCGAAGAAGUGUAUUUUCCUUUGCCGAAAAACAUUCUCCUAACCACGGAUUUUCUCAAACUACGAGGAUGGCUGGAAGAAAAUGGAUGCAUUUAUUUUAUCAAAGACAUCCAGAGGUUGUUCAAAGAAAAGCACAAGCUUUAAAUCCUGCAAGAGCACUAAAAUUAAACAGACAUAUCGUAACAGAUUAUUUUCAAAAACUUCGGAAGACUUUGGUAGAUUUUUCUUUAAUUAAUCGUCCACAAUGCAUUUAUAACAUGGACGAAAAAGGGUGCCGUUUGACGCUGCAUCACCAGCAAAAAGUCCUCACAAGGAAAGGGAUUAAAAGGGUGCAUCUAAUUGCACCAGAGCAUGCUGAAAAUGUGACCGUGGUUGCGUGUGGAAAUGCCUUAGGCCAAGCUAUUCCGCCUAUGAUACUUUUUAAAGGAGUUCGCCAAAAACCUGAAUGGAUUGAUUCUAUGCCUCCAGGAUCCGUCAUAGAAAUGACAGCUAAAGGAAGCAUGACCACUGCAAUUUUUAUCAAAUGGGUAAAAUAUUUUUCUAAGUUUAAAGCACCUGGGCGUUGUUUGUUGGUGUUUGAUGGAGCUGCCUCCCAUUUAGAUGCCGGUAUUGUUGAAGUUGCUGAUGCUGCUGAAAUAUCGUUGUUAUGUCUUCCAAGUAAUACUACCCAUGAAUUGCAACCUCUUGAUAAAUCCGUUUUUCGCUCAUUCGAACAGUUUUGGGAUGAGGAGGUUUUAAAUUACUGGAUGCGUGAACCGGAUCGAAAAAUUACGAAAGGAAGAUUUGGAUACAUCCUUAGUAAAAUUUGGCCAAAAGCAAUGUCACCACAAAAUUUAAUGUUCGGAUUUCGAGUAACAGGGAUAUACCCGUUCAAUCCGGAUGCUAUUGAAGAGGCGGCCUUUGCACCUAGUCUAUUGACAGAAAAACCUCAAGAGAGAGCAGAAGCAGAGGAGGAUAAUCCUCUAACAGAUGACUCCGAAUGGUCAGACUCCGACGUCCUGCCGCUCUCGAUUUUGAGAAAUCAAGGAGAAAAUCAACAAGAGCAACGAGAAAAUCUUAGACCAAAUAAGACACCUGCUAAUUAUCAGCAAGUUAAUAAUCCACAUAUGGAACCAAAACCAUCAUGCUCACACUGGCCUGAAAAUACCGACAGAGAGCCUACACCAGAACCAUCUACGGAUGACUUACUGAAUUCUUCCAGUUUCUCGGAUUUACUCCCAACUCCUGAGAUCAAAACCUCAGAUAAGCCUAGACGCAAAGCAUUGAACUCAUCUGUUCAACUUGUUACCAGGAAUUUAUUCAAAACAAAUUUCUCAGCCACAAGUUCCAAAAAAGGCAAAACGAAUUUGUCUGCCAUAAACUCCAAAAAAGAUAAAAAGAAAAACGAAGCUAAAGAAUCAUGGUAUUGCUUCCUUUGCGACAGAGAUGAGGUAUUGGACAUGCGCAAAUGCUGUUUAUGCUCCGUCUAUGUGCACGAAGCGUGUGUCGGUCUAACCAAAGAAGAAAAGCUGCAGUUCGUUUGUUCUCGUUGCUCGUCUUAG